AUGCCUCCCAUUAUCUCAGAGCUCCUCAAGUUCACUGUUGCCCCCAGCUUUCGGCUUGCUUCCGCAAGUUUCACCAACCUACGCCGAACUGUGGCUGCGAAUGGCGCGAAGGAGCAAUACUAUGGAACAGACAUGAAUUCGUCGAGCAUCCUAUUGUGGGUUAUUCAAUGGCACGCCGAUAAAGGCCCCCUUGAAUCGCCAGAGUUCAGAAGUGCGGUCAAAACUCUGGACGUGAAUGAAACGCCGCAAAGUUGGUACUUGCCGUUCGCCCACGACAGUAUACCAAGACCCGCCCUGACUGCUCCUGUCUGCGAACUGUGUUUCCUUCACGUUGAUAAAACGGCGGACAAGAAGAGCCUUGCCCACUCGCUGAACAAGACCUUCACUGACUGUUACUUCGCUGAUGGGUUUACGGGUGGCCACUGGAGCACAGCGACCAACGAUGACAAUAUGAACUAUUAUUACUUGGGAUGGGAAAGUCGCGCACACCAUUCCGCGUACUCGAAAACAGAUCUGUUCGCCCUCGAGGUUGACAAACUCAUGCCGCACAUGGAUGAUGGGGGAGCUAACUUCGUGAAGCUGACACAGGAGUUGGACUGA